AUGACAUGUUACCGUAUAACCUCCAAUGUCAGCUGGCAGACGAUUGAAUCCAGUUGGUACUUCCUGUCUACUGAGACUAAAACCUGGAAUGAGAGCAGAGAGGACUGUCUGAAGAGAGGAGCAGACCUGGUGAUCAUAAACAGUGAUACAUUUCUCGUCAACCUCAAGAAGAGAGUCUGGAUUGGUCUGACUGACUCUGUUACUGAGGGGACCUGGAAAUGGGUGGACGGCACCUCACUGACCACAAGGUACUGGUAUGACCCACAGCCUGAUAAUGGUGGUGGCAAACCAGAAAAUGGUGAGGAGGACUGUGUUGAGAUACGUAAUGAUCAGGGUCCUCUGGAGGCAUGGAAUGACUUGUCGUGUGACAGCAAACUCAACUGGAUUUGUGAGAAAGUGGUUUAA